UUUCGCACAAGUAUCAUUUCGUUCAUCGUGUCUCAUAGUAAAGAAAACAACUCAUUGAAAGACAUUCAAAAAUAUCAACGUUCAUUCAUACAUAUCCAUGUAAACCGUGAAUUAAUAAAAGUAGCAGUAAAAAUUAUACGACAAAAAAGAAAUAUAAAAAUGGGGUUAAAUAUUCUCAAGUCGCGAAUGUUAAAUCUUCGUCAUUUAAAAAAAGAUUUUCCAGUAAUUCUUACUUUAAGACUGCCUUUAAGUACAUCACGAAUUUGCAACAAUAGCAAGGAUUUAGAAGGCCAAGAAUAUAGAAUUGAAAGAGAUACGUUCGGGGAAUUAAAAGUGCCUACAAAUAAGUAUUAUGGAGCUCAGACUGUUAGAUCGAUGAUGAACUUUCAUAUUGGAGAUACAUUUGAACGCAUGCCUGUAAGAAAGACUGUAUGGCAUUAUUGUAGCCAUGGGAAUAUUAAAGAAAGCUGCUGCCGAAGUAAAUAAAGAAUUUGGAUUGGAUCCAAAAAUUGCUGAUGCUAUUAGCAAAGCCGCGGACGACGUUAUAAGUGGCAAACUUUAUAAUGAUCAUUUUCCGUUAGUGAUAUGGCAAACGGGAUCUGGUACGCAAACGAAUAUGAACGUUAAUGAGGUGAUUUCAAAUCGCGCUAUUGAAAUACUUGGUGGAAAACUGGGAUCGAAAACACCGGUUCAUCCCAAUGAUCAUGUAAAUAAGUCACAAAGUAGCAACGAUACAUUUCCAACUGCAAUGCACAUAGCAGUAGCCUUAGAAAUUAAUAAAGUACUUCUGCCAGGUUUAAACUGUUUGUUAGAAGCGUUAAAAAAAAAAUCGGAGGAUUGGAAGGAUAUAAUUAAAAUUGGAAGAACUCAUACUCAAGAUGCCGUACCUCUUACAUUAGGACAAGAAUUUUCAGGCUACGCGACACAAAUUCAAAAUGGAAUUUGUAGAGUAAAGGAUACCCUUCCUCGUCUAUACGAAUUAGCGUUAGGUGGUACAGCGGUUGGAACAGGAUUGAAUACUCGUAAGGGAUUUGCUGAAAAGGGAGCUGCAAAAAUAGCUCAAUUAACAGGUUUACCAUUCGUUACUGCACCAAAUAAAUUCGAAGCUCUUGCCACGCACGAUGCUAUAGUCGAAGUACAUGGCGCAUUAAAUACUGUUGCUGUAUCUAUGAUGAAGAUAGCAAAUGAUAUUAGAUUCUUGGGAAGUGGUCCACGAUGUGGUUUAGGAGAAUUAUCCUUGCCAGAAAAUGAACCAGGCAGUUCAAUUAUGCCAGGAAAAGUAAAUCCUACUCAAUGCGAAUCAGUUACCAUGGUUUGUUGUCAAGUAAUGGGAAAUCAUGUUGCAACCACUAUCGGCGGAAGCAAUGGUCAUUUUGAACUUAAUGUAUUUAAGCCGGUCAUGGUAGCCAAUACAUUACGAUCUGCAAGAUUGUUAGGAGACGUUGCUCAGUCGUUUACAAAGAAUUGCGUUGUUGGUAUCAAACCGAACAUCGAUCGUAUAGAGAAAAUGUUAAAUGAAAGUUUAAUGUUGGUUACUGCACUUAAUCAUCACAUUGGAUAUGAUAAGGCUGCUGCUAUUGCCAAACAGGCUCACAAAGAAGGAAUUACUUUAAAAGAAUCUGCAUUGAAAAAUGGAUUAACAUCCGAACAAUUUGAUUCGUGGGUCAAACCCGAAGAUAUGCUUGGACCUAAAUAAGUUGAUGAAAGAUAGCAUAAAAAUUUGUUAAGCAAGAAGUACAUUUUUGUACGUGCAUUUUGUCAUUGAGAAUCUUCCCUUUAUACAAAAGAAUACACUAAAAUGAAUGUUUCAAAACAUUAUUCAAAUCUCAAUUAUACCAAUAAAGUAUCAUCAAUCAA